AUGGCCGCUCCCCGCCACGCCGCCCGCCCGCGCGCCCGCCCCGCCGAGCGCUGGGUGGGCCCCGCGCAUGGGAACGCCGCGGCGGGCGAGCUGCGAGUGUGCCCCGGCGCGUGCAAGGGCCGGGAGGGGGCCUGCGGGUGCGUGCGGGUGCGCCCGGGGGGGGGGGCGUGGGCACGGUCGACGCACCCGAGAACAAGCGUGUCUGCGUGUGAGCGCCUCCGAGUGCGCACAAGCACCCACGUGUGUAAGCACGUACGAGCGUGCACAAGCGCGUGCAAACACGCCUGCCUGCACGAAUGCCCCCGAGCGCUGGCGAGCGUGCAACGCCACGAGCGUGCCGGCGCCCCGCGGCGAGUCCCGAGGCGCCGGUGCCACCCUUGGGUGCCCGCAGGUUGCUGGUCGGGGGUGGUGGAGGUGGAGCGCAGCGUGACGGCGGUGCUGGGCCAGGACGUGGUGCUGCCGUGCCGGUACCGGGCGCAGGAGGGCGAGCAGGUGGUGCAGGUGACGUGGCUGAAGCGGGGCCCGGCGGGGCACAGCGCCGAGGUGGCCGUGCUCAACCGGCAGCACGGCGAGCACGUGCAGGACGCCUAUGCUGGCCGCGUGCUGCGGCGGGCGCCCGGCGCGCUGGAGGACGGCGCCAUCGUCCUGCGCAACGCCGUGCAGGGGGACGAGGGCGACUACGAGUGUCACCUCAUCACCUUCCCCAUGGGCAGCUUCGAGGGGCGCCUCACCCUCAAGGUGCUGGUGCCGCCGCUGCCCAUCCUGAACCCGGGGCCACCGCUGGAGGAGGGCCAGGGCCAGACGCUGGCGGCCUCGUGCACAGCGGAGGGCAGCCCCGUGCCCUCGGUGCGCUGGGAGACGGAGGUGCGGGGCACCAACACCACGCGCCGCUCGGUGCACUCCCGCUCCGCCUCCGUCACCAGCGAGUUCUUCCUGGUGCCCGGGCGCAGCAUGAACGGCAAGAGCCUCACCUGCGUGGUGGCACACCCCGGGCUGCGCCACGAGAAGAGGAUCACCCACCAGCUCAGCGUCGCCUACCUGUCGGACGCCUCGGUGCUGGGGCACUCGGAGGAGUGGGCAGAGGGCAUGGAGGGGGCCACGCUGACCUGCCUGGGGGACGGCAACCCGCCGCCCACCUACAACUGGACACGGCUCAACGCCCCGCUGCCCGCCGGCGUGCGGGUGAAGGGGGACACCCUGGUCUUCCAGCGGCCCCUCGCCGCCGCCGACGCCGGGGACUACGUGUGCCGCGUGGCCAACCGCGUGGCCACCAAGGAGGCGCGGGCCAAUGUCAGCGUCAAGGGCAGGGCGGCAGAGAACGAGGUGCGCAAGGUGGACCUGGUCUCUGCCUCGGUGGUGGUGGUGGGCGUCAUCGCCGCCGUGCUGCUCUGCGUCCUGGUCGUCGUCGUCGUCGUCAUGACCCUCUACCACAAGCGCAAGACCAAGCGCAUCUCGGAGAAGUACGAGGAGGAGCUGACGCUCACCAGGGAGAACUCCAUCCGGCGCCUGCACUCCAGCCACAGCACCGACACGCGCACCCAGCUGGAGGAGACGCUGCACCUGCGUGCCGAGAGCCGGCAGGGCAGCCUGCGGGGGGACAGCCUGCGGGGGGACAGCCUGCGGGGCACCAGCAUCUGCUCUGCCAUGAGCGAGGAGGCCGAGGGGCGCAGCUACUCGACGCUCUCGACGGUGCGGGAGAUCGAGACGCAGACGGAGGUGCCGGCGGCCCCGCUGCUGCCUGCCCCGGAGGGCAAGGAGCCGAAGGAGGAGGAGGAGGACAGCGGGGACAACCCCAUCAAGCAGGCCAUGACCCACUUCGUGCAGGAGAACGGCAUGCUCCAGGCCAAGCCCACCACCAACGGCAUCUACAUCAACGGCCGCGGGCACCUGGUGUGAGCGCGGCGGCGGCACGGGACGGGACGGGUGGCAGGGCGAGGGGGGGGACGCGCAAGGGACCCCUGUCCCCUCCGCGGCUUCCCCCGCUCUGCCGCUGCCCGCCCGCUGGCUGGCUCGGGGCUCGGUCCCCAAACGCCGCCCUUGCUGCUUGCACCGCGCCCGGGACAUGCACCGCGCCCCAGGAGGGGGCUCCGGCCCCCGAACCCCUUGCUGCUGGCACGAGCCUGGGGACACGCACCAUGCCCCGCUCGGGGACAGCAGUGGCAGGCCAGAAAGGAGGUGACAACAGCGCCCAGGACCCCCGGGCGCCGGAGCUGCCAGGCACCCACAGGCGUGGGGACAUGGGGACACGGGACCCCACGGACAGAUGGAUGGGCGGGAGCCCCGGUGGGGCUCAGACCUCCCCCCCAGAACAUCCCUUCGGACUCUGGGUCAGCUCCUUUCCGCGCGCAGCACUGGGGGACCCCCGGGGGUCCCCGCUCGGGAUGCGGUUCGCCGGUGGCACUUGGGACGCUUGUGUCCCCUCCCCGAUCCCGGCUGUCCCCUUCCCCCAUGGCACAGACACGUUCCCCCCAUCCCCCUCCCAGCCCAAACCCCCAAACCGGGGCUCGCCCGUCCCACCCCGCACCCCCAGACCCUGCCGAGGGCCCCCCCCGAGCCCGGGGCUGGCGGCGGGGGUCCCCGUGGGGCCGCUCGGCCGGGGGUCCCGCUGUACAUAGAGCCCCAGCGUGUACAUACCUGUACAGGACGGGGGUCCCCGUCGCCCUUUCGUAUCUGCACUGCUGGUUUUGUAAAUAAAUCCCGCGCGGGACCCUGGGACCGA